AUGUCCUACUCAGUCCUUAUUAUCCUUAUUAAAGGAUUUGUGGCUUUUGCCUCUGGAGGUUCUUACUUUUCUGCCUUGCCAACGUUGCAGCUGCUCCCAGAGACUAACCAUAAGGUGACAAAGGCGAACGUGAUGAAUCAGUCUUGGUCCAGACCAGCAGCAGUAAGGAGCAAUGGGAGUUACCUUGCCAAGGAUCAGAACCCUCGUGCACCUGACCUUGCCGAGAAGCUGUCUCAGCUGUCAAUGGGCCCCAACAGGGUUUCGGGUUUGGGUUCCGAGAGGUUCCCUACAGAUCUGAAGUAUCGAACCCAUGGGAACACUGUCAAGCGCCCCUUGCCCGUGGGAUCCAGGGCGUGGCAUGGCCCAGCCGACCCCUUCCGGCGCCCAUACGAGAUGCCAGGUGAUAGGGCUCUCCUUCCGAGGAAGCUCCGCAGGAGGCGCCCUCAACGGCUCGGGGAAGGAGAUGGUGGUGAAGGCGGAGGGCUCGCCCUCAAAGGCGCGGUGGAAGGAGAAAGUGGUGAAGGCGGAGGAGGCCUUGCCUUCAACGCCACGGGGGGAGGGCAAAGUGGUGAAGGCGAAGGCCUCGCCCUCCAGGGCGUGGCAAGAGGGGAGGAGAAGAAGGCGGAGGAAACGGCGGACCGGGAGGAAGAGUCGGAGGAGGAGUUGGAACAGGGCGACGAAGACGACGUGGAGGAAUAUGAGAAUUGGAACUACUUCCCCGGGCUAGGUGUCGAGUUGGGAAACAAUGGGAUCAUUCUGGUCCUUUUUGAAACGCCCUCUGGCUUUGCGUUGUUCAGUUAUGAUGGGGUGAAACUCCUUCUGCCAGGUGCCAUAGAGCACAUAUGGACUGAUUUCGUGAAGUGUGAUAUAGCAGAAACAAUUUGUUGGCUGAAAGCAUUUGAAGCUUUUGAGGAUAAGGCCAGUGCCAUUGACCCUAAUACUGGUGUUAAUGAACAACUUGCGAAGAUGAUCGGAUGCUGUAUCAAGCCUGACCAGAAACUAGCUGUAGGAAGUCAUGAAUAUAAGGAAAUCAUCGAAAAAACCAUGAAAAUAUCUUGCCUGCAUGAUAGUACUGUGAUGGAGGUUAUGUGGGGCCUGAAGAAUUGCAUGCACCAUUUAGUGCCUGCCGAGCUGACUAAGGAUGAUCGCCCCAUCAUGAGUGAAGGAAUGAAAAGGGUCUUGGAUAAAUAUCACUUUGUCUACAAACCAGAGAUUAUUAAUGAUCGUAUUAUUGAGGUGGCAUGUGUCGUGUAUAACUAUGAUUGUUGUGUGGAAAAACAUUCUGAAUCCUUGCGUGAGGCUGGCAAACACCUUAAGAACAUAUCUGGCAUUAAUUCUAAGGGUUGGAGUUUGUUUAAACUUGCCACCGCUCUCAAGAUGGUAUGUUACCCUGAAGAUCAUCUUUUAGCUGGUCAUCCUCGGCAGAUCUUUUCAGAAGAUGAGCUAAAGAAGCUGCUGCAGAAUGCACCAGAAUACAAAGACAAAUUAAAGCCGAAGGCCGUCAAGCUAGUCUAUGAAGACAUUGUGUGGGCCCUUGGAAUUAGGAAUAAGUGGCUAGGACAGUUGCCCCGUUACUUGAAGGAAGCUGAAGAAGCAUAUGAAGCUAAACAAGUGAUGAGCCAAGUGAUUCUAGAGGACUAG